AUGACUUCUGCUUCGUCGAGCAGUGCGCGAUGUCUUUUUGCCGAGUCCAAACAGAGGUUAGCUGAGCGAGUGCAAGUGAACAUGAAUAAUAUUUCAUCCCUGGCCCGCCAGAUCCAGCGAGGAUCAAAAUCUAAUGAGCUCCUUUCCAAAGCAGCGCGGGAGUUUGUAACUACAGAGCACCUCAUGGAAAGCACAGAAGAGAAUUUGAAAAAGAUGCAACUGAUCUCCGUACACAUGGGCUACCAGUUCGAGAACAUUCACAAGUCUGCUCAGAUGCUCACGCAGAUUAGUGAGCAGGUCGCUGCUAUGCAGAGAUGA